UGUAACAACGAGCGUUUCAAAUCGCCUACUUGGGUUUGGUAGAACCUUUCCUGUUGAGUUGAAUUUCAAGUUGGUGCACAAAAAUCUUUCAUUCACGCUUUGUUUGUGGGAUUUUUCACAACAGUAACAGAAUGUCUAAAUGUAGUGUUAAAGGUUGUAAUGAAGAAUCAGGAGGAGGCACUAGUGUAUCUUUCCACAUACUAAAAAAGAAUGAACCAGAAGAAGUCAAGGAAAUAUGGAAAAAAUUCGCCCAAACGUCCAGAGUUAAAGCUUCAUUUUGCAUUUGUUCAAGACAUUUUACACCAGAUGAUUUUAUUACUAGUGAGAUAUACCGGAAGUAUUAUCCCAAUUCAAAGGCUAAACUAAAACCUGGUGCUAUACCUACGAUCCCGGUGGAAGAUCUGCCUCCUCAGCAAACCACAAAACAGGUACCGCCUAAAGUUGUAGUUGUCAAACAUACUCCAAACCUUCACAAUGAUGAGACCACAAGUGAUGCUUCAUGCUCAACAUCAGUUGAAAUGAUGGAUAUGGAAAAUAAUUUGGAAAUCCCAGAAACAGGAUCAGGAAUAAAUAUCUUGGAAGUUAAAUCAACUGCAUCAGUUAUGCUUGAAGAACGAUCUGCACAGCAGCGCAGAAAUAUGGAAAAUGAAAAAUUAGAAUUGAUGAAGGAAAUUGAAGAAAAGAACACAGAACUUCAACGAUUGCAAGGCAUUGAGGAGGAGUUGGCACAACUGAAAGGCAAGGCCGAAAUUCUAAAGAAAGUAAAAGAACAUCUCCAGCGGCAGGUUACUUCUCUGAAAAGCACCAAUGAACAACUAAUGAAGAUCAAACAGGAAAAAGAGAACAUGGAAGAUAUUCUACUUGAGUCAUUCUCACAAAAUGAAUUAGAUUUACUUUUAAAACGAAAAUCCCAUGUUGCCUGGAAGCGAAAGGAAAUUGAAGAGGCUUUUCUCAUUCAAUACUUGAGCAAACGCUGUUACAAAUAUCUGAGGAACAAGAAGCGUUAUCCUUUGCCAUCUCUUCAAAUAAUUCAGAAAUGGACGAAUCAACAUGGUAUCCAGCUCGAAGUUCUUAAUAAUAUUGAAUCAGAUUCAGACUGAAUUAAUUUAGGAUUUUAUCUCAUUUUGACAAAUUUCUUUUACAAUUAAAUAAAAUUCAAUUAAACAAAAA